GCUUGUUUGAGACGACAGGAAUACCGAAGAGACCAAAAUGAGAAGAAACGAGAUCCAUUUGGGGGGCAAGAGACAAACUUUGAUAGAGCCCGGUUUUCAAGCGGGUCAUCUUCCAAACAGAGUUCCAGUGAGGAGGAUCCUCUGACUGAACCAAGAUCAUCCACCAAGAUAUCUGCACUUAAGAGUGAUUCCCGAUUUCCAGCAAUUGACCAAGCUUCGGUCAAGCAGAAACAUAAAAGUACCAUGACUUCAAAGAUACCAGAGAAAGUGGACCCCGGCAAACCCUCUCCAGGUGACAGCAGCGAGCACCCCCUGUUCUGUGUCGAAUACUCCCCUUACUGCUCCGUCUUUGCUUUCCCCCCUGUCCUGCAGCCCGAUACCAAUUACUGCUGCCUCCUCCUGCCACUGGUGCCACCUGCCUCCCCAGUGGCCCAAGACGCAUCCCCUUACCUCCCCCCAGUUACCUCUCCCGCCUUUGCCAGCCGCCCGCCUGCCUCCCCGGGCCCCGGGCCUGAGUCCCCAGCAGGCCUCUGCUACUUCCCCAUCUCCUGCCCCACUCCGGCCGAGACCCCUGUGCUGUGCCUGCCUGGGCCCAGAAGGCCCAGUAGAAUUUAUCUCGUGUGGUAAGUCGCCUUUGGCAAGGCACACAGCGCAGUGGAGCCAGGGAGCAGGGGACUUCAGGCCUCCAGAAGGCAGGUGCACAGGAGCAGGGCCAGAGGGCAGUGUCAUGAACAAUACCCCGAGGUGUGGUGUGCAGGGAGCAGGAAGACGGGACGGCGCUGCCACUUUACUCGGGCUCUACCUUCUUCUAGCGCUGAAGGAAUGAGCGACCAAUAAAAUCCCAUCG